AUGACUUCAAAACCAGAGUGCCCCCGACCCCUCAUGGAUCUGUCUGGAUCCCUGUGUAAUCUAGACCCAUUGACCACACAACCUGGUUCCCUGGUGACCUGGAUUGGAUCUUGUGUGUUAAUUCCAUGCAAGAUUAACUCGUAUAAGGGGUAUCCUCUCAGGAACAUCUCACUGCGUUGGUAUUUUCAGCCACGUUAUGAUGUGAAUGAUUACACUGGUAUUUUAUUGUACAACAGCUCUGAUAAGUCAGGAAACAUCCAAACUCGAUCAAAGACUGCUUCUCAGCCUGCUUUUCAGUCUCAGAUGGACUUCAUAGGAAAUUUAGAAAACAAAGACUGUGGUCUGAAGAUCUCUCGAGUUCGUAAAAACAACGCAGGCACCUAUGGAGCAAGACUUAUUGCUUUUUAUAAUACCCCAGAAACGGAACUGAAGUUUUUUCUCAAUGCUACAGUGAAAGUUGCUGAGUCACCUCCAGCUCCUAGGAUGGAAAUCAGCCCUAAUGAAAUCCGAGAAUCACAAACUACAACAGUGACCUGCUCUGUUCCGUACCAUUGCAGUGAAAAUUCACUAGGGCUGUUUGUGAGUGGUUUAAAAUGGAAACGUCCGCCUUCCCCAAUAGAGACCUCCAAUAAUGGAGUAAUCCAAACAGUCGUGGCUUUUUCAGUGGCCUGGGAGGACAAUGGGAAGACUCUGGUCUGCUCCUUGAAACAGAAGCAGAAGGUAUUAUCCAGGAGCGCCAUGAAGUUGGACGUAAAAUAUCGGCCUAAAAAUGUUCAGCUGAAAGCUACCCCUGGAGGGUCUAUUCAAGAGGGACAAACUCUCUCUCUGGUGUGUACAGUCGAGAAUAGUAACCCACCCGUUUCUGAGUAUCUUUGGUAUAACGAUGGUCAACUGAUGUUUGAAUAUCGGAAUUCCCCAAAAAUUGAAUUUGAAGCCCAAGGAGACCAGCAUUCUGGUGAUUAUAGAUGUGAGGCUAAGAACAGCGUUGGGACGCAACCGUCAAAUACCCACCGCGUAGAUGUCCACUAUCCACCUAAGGAAGUUAAGAUUGAUAGUAUGCCGCAAGUGGACAUCGAGGAAGGAGAAAGUUUAGUUUUGCAGUGCUCUUCUAAAGGAAAUCCAGAAACCCAUUAUCAAUGGUUUAAACAGCCACUUACCACUGUAUUCAAAGACGGUAAACAGCUGCAGUUCAAUGUGGUCCGGCUUGAAAAUGCUGGUGCCUAUUAUUGUUCAGCCGGGAACAUGCUUGGUUCUUCGAAAUCUUCACCCGUCACUCUGAAUGUUCAGUAUGCUCCCAAGGAUGUCCAACUUGCCAUUGAAAAUGACCAGCUGCCCAUAAAGGAGAAAGACACAGUCUUGCUAAACUGUUCAUUUGGUCGGAGUAACCCUAGUAAUAAUAUCAAAUAUAAAUGGUAUAAGGCUAACUCAAGAUUACCAAGCAAAGAAAACCUGCUGAACUUCCCUGCAAAUUUAGAACAGGCUGGGGAUUACAGAUGUGAAGUCUGCAAUACCAUAAAAUGUGGUUCAUCUCCGCCAGUCACUGUGGAUAUACACUAUGCCCCCAAAGGGGUCACAGCUGUGGCAGAACAAAGAAUUCCAAUUAAUGAAGGCAACCGUGUGAACUUAAGGUGUGAAGUGGCAAGCGCAAAUCCCGAAGUCUUCAGCUACAGAUGGUACAAAGAUGUGGCGCAGCAGCCUGUAGAUUCUGAAGCUGCUGAGCUGACCAUCUAUCAUGUGACUUCUGCUGAUUCUGGCAGAUACUGGUGCGAGGCCACUAACAGUGUAGCUACUUCCCGUUCCCAGCAACUUCUGCUGAAGGUCUAUUAUGGACCCCGUAACAUCUCUCUGUCUCUGGAGAGGCAGGUGCCUGUGACAGAGGGCAUGGAUGUCUCAUUCCUAUGUGCCACUGACGCCAACCCACCUCCUUAUUAUUUUGAGUUGUACCACAAUAAAGAGAUGCUGCUGAAGGCAAGCGACCGAAUCCUGCUUCUCCAAAAAGUGAAGGUUGAAGAUUCAGGGGACUAUCACUGCAAAGCAUCCAAUGGCAUUUCCACAGGGAAAUCACAGACUCUGAUGUUCUCUGUGUCCUGUGAGUAG